CCCGAAUGAUGCGAGCAGGUCCUCGGCCCAAGUGCCACUGCCCGAGUGCUUUAGCUACCCCAUCGCUAAGCUUACAGGCUGCAGCUGACUUGUGACGCAGUGCGUAGGGCUCGAGGGCGAAGACAUCAAUGUACGGUACGUACGAAUGUACGCUCGUACUCGUACAUCGUGGUCGUUUUGGAUCGCGCUGGCAGAACGCAAUUUGCCACCAUGCGCCUCGCAUCGCUCUUGCUGCUAGCAGCUGCGACCACCGACGCCUGCACGGUCGUCGCCGUCACCAAGGGCGCGUCGGCCGACGGCGCCUCGUUGACAGCGCACACGGACGAUGCCGGCUGGUCGACUGCGGAUGUGCGCCUCGUGCACGUGCCCGCCAAGGACCACGCGCCGGGCAGCAAGCGCCCAGUCUACGACUUUAACGGCGGCUACCCGCGCCUCGUGGCCAAGGAACGCGGACCACACUACGCGCCUGUCGAGGGCCAAGCGCUUACGACGCCACUGGGAUUUAUCCCGCAGGUCGAGCACACAUACGCGUACUUUGACCAGGACUAUGGCAUGAUGAACGAAGUGCGCCUAAGCAUCGCCGAGAGCACGUGCUCGGCCAAGACGGUGGGCUGGCCUUCGAGCAAGCCGUUUGGCUACAACCUCUUUGGCAUCGCGGAGCUCUCCAAGCUCGCACUCGAACGCUGUGACAGUGCCCGCUGUGCCGUCCACACCAUGGGCGAGGCGGCUGUCCAACACGGAUUCUUCAGCGAGGACAGCGGCGAUCCGGCGGCGCCCGGGUAUGGUGACUCGGCCGAAACCCUCGUCAUCGCCGACAAGUACGGCGAGACAUGGGUCUUUCACGUCCUCACCGGACCCCAGAACGCCAGCGCAGUCUGGGCAGCGCAGCGUGUGCCCGACGGCCACGUGACGGCAGUGGCCAACUUCUUUACGAUUCGGACGCUCAACCUCUCGGACAGCAACUCGUUCUUGGCGUCACCAAACGUCGAGUCGUUUGCGCAAGAGAUGGGGUGGUGGCACCCAACGGACGGUCCAUUUGACUUUACAAAGGCAUACGCUUUUGCUGUGCCCGGUCCCAUCUUGUCGCUCUACGCUGGCCGUCGCAUUUGGCGCAUUUUCGAUACCUUUGCACCGUCUCUGGCUUUGGAUUCGACGCUCGGCGCUCGGGUCGAGUUCCCGACGUACCCAUUCUCAGUCAAGCCCGACGCGCCUGUGUCCCUCAACGACGUCAUGGAGCUGCUCAAGGACCACUACGAAGGCACGCCGUACGACAUGACCAAGGGCGUUGCUGCCGGGCCUUUUGGAUCGCCCGUUCGCUACGACGGGCCGCAUGUACUCAAGGGCGGCUGGGAGCGCGCGAUCUCCAUGUACCGCACCAUGUUUAGCUUUGUGCUUCACGUCCACGGUCAUGACACGGUCCCGGACGAUGGCCUCGGUGGAACGCUCUGGUACGGUCAGGGCUCGCCCCACGGCACGGUCUACGCGCCCUUUUCGUGCGGCCAGUCCAAGGUCCCCGACGCGUACCUCCGCGGGAAGGAGAGCGUCUUUAGCACCGACAGCAUGUGGUGGGCCUUUGCAUUCGUCAACAACUGGAGCCUUUUGCGCUUCAGCGUCAUCAACGCCGACGUCCGGCUCGAGGCGCGCAAGUGGCAGGACGAGGCGUUUGCACUUCGCCAAAAUCUCUCGGAGAGCGCGUCGGUUGACGAGGUGGAAGCGGCCACGUUGGCGUAUGCCACCAAGCUCUUUCACGGCUGGUGGGCCUUUGCGUACCGCCUCAUUGGCAAGCACAGCGACGGCUACAUUGCGAAUGGUGAGGGCGACAUGCAAGUCAACGGGUACCCACUGGAGUGGCUCAACACGACCGAGUACGUGCUCUGGCCCGGCGACUCGUUCAAGAAUGCACCGCCCGGCGCCGUGCUUUUGGCCUCCUUGAACCACCAAGGGAGUUCGAUGGGUGCCAACGUCCUCUACGUGCUGCUCGGCGUCGGGCUCGGCGUCGCCAUCAUGUCGAUGCUGCCGACCCGACGCCACCACUACCACAAGCUGCCGUAGUGUACGUUAGAGACAAGACAAAAGCAAUGAUUGUUGAAGUCUUCAUGUUGGUAUAUUGCAA